UUUAGAUCUCGCGCUUUAAUCGUGCAGUUUGGCUUCAUCGGGGUCAUCAUUAUUGUUCUCGAAGUUUUGCUUUCUAUGAUAGUGAUUUCAAACUUCUUUAUGGCAACCGUUAUGGACCCAGGAAUAAUUCAUAAAGCAACCGAACCUGAUGACCAGGACGACUUUCGGUCUCCACUGUAUAAAAACGUGGAAAUCAACGGCAUAUCAGUACGUAUGAAGUGGUGCGUCACUUGCCAUUUCUAUCGACCUCCUCGUUGCUCACACUGUUCCGUUUGUAACCACUGUAUAGAGAAUUUCGAUCACCAUUGUCCAUGGGUUAAUAACUGCAUAGGAAGACGAAAUUACCGUUAUUUUUUCAUUUUUCUAGUCACGCUGACAUUGCACAUGUUGAUGGUGUUCAUGUCGUACCUGCGUCACUCCAGUUAUUUAAACAUCUUGGUAAUUAUGGGUAUUUGUGGUCUUCUGUUUGUGCCCAUUAUCGGUUUGACUGGAUUUCACAUUGUCCUUGUUGCAAGAGGUCGAACCACCAACGAGCAGGUGACCGGAAAGUUCCGACGUGGUUUGAAUCCGUUCACUGUUGGACUUUGCCAAAAUGUUUCGAAAGCUUUAUGCUCUCCGCUUUUUCCGAGGUAA